CCCCGGAUAGCGCGCGUCGCUGCAUAGGUGACGGAUUGUGAAUGUUGUAUUUGAUAAACGUUACUUAAUUUCAGUUUGUAGUCAACAUUACUUGAUUUGUUGUUUAAUUAACCGCAUCGUGUCAAAGUUUAAGAGAGUUUGUGGUUUGCAGUGCGAGUGACUAUUCACGGACAUUUUCAGCAAAUACUUUUAUUCAACGCUUUAAUUCAGCAACCUACAGUUUUGUGACUUUGGAUCACCUGCGCCUUUUAUUUGGACAUUUGAGACUUGCAGCUAUGAGAGGUGGAUUAUUGAAGAUGCUUGGCUCCAGUCGAUAAAACGAUGUGAUAGAGGCAUUCCCGAACUUAGGGCAUGAUGGUCCUGUGGCUAGACGCGAUUCUCUGACUCAAAGCUCGGAAAAAAACUCAUUUGCAGUAGCUUAUUCAACCUUCAUGCAUUACUCACGCAGUAUAACAUAAAAUAACAUGACUUAAAAAAACUAAUGCUAAACAAAUAUGUUUUCUAAAGGGGCUAAUUUGAGUUAUUCAUCCAACGGGACCGAUGAGGAUCAAGAGUGGAGCGACACACCAGCUGAGCGUUUGUCACGGACGGGGCACAAUGUGGUCGCCGUCUUUUUGGGAUCUAUAAUGGUUUUCGGUAUCCUGAACAACUUGAUCGUUCUCGUUCUCUUUUGUAAAUUCAAAACUCUGCGAACUCCCGUGAACAUGCUUCUGCUCAACAUCAGUGUGAGUGACAUGCUCGUGUGUCUGUUCGGCACGACGCUGAGCUUCGCGGCCAGUGUCCGCGGCCGGUGGCUGGUGGGGAGACACGGGUGCAUGUGGUACGGCUUCGUCAACUCCUGCUUCGGUAUUGUAUCAUUGAUCUCUCUGGCGAUCCUUUCGUACGAUCGCUACAGUACUUUAACGGUUUACAACAAGGCAGCUCCAAAUUACAGUAAACCACUGUUGGCUGUUGGAGGCUCCUGGCUCUACUCUCUGUUUUGGACAGUUCCUCCCCUGUUGGGAUGGAGUAGCUAUGGACUUGAAGGUGCAGGCACCAGCUGUUCGGUCACAUGGACAGCUAACACCCCACAAUCGCGUUCUUAUAUCAUCUGUCUUUUCAUUUUCUGUUUGGGAAUCCCUGUGCUGGUCAUGGUGUACUGUUACAGUCGGCUCAUGUGUGCUGUCAAACAGGUGGGGCGCAUCAGGAAGACGGCAGCACGGCGGAGGGAGUACCACAUUUUAUUUAUGGUCAUUACCACAGUUGUGUGCUACCUCUUGUGCUGGAUGCCUUAUGGGGUAGUUGCUAUGAUGGCCACGUUUGGACGUCCUGGGAUCAUCACACCCAUCGCGAGCGUGGUGCCCUCCCUCCUUGCAAAGAGCAGCACAGUCAUCAACCCUCUCAUUUACAUUCUUAUGAACAAACAGUUUUACAAGUGUUUCCUCAUCCUGUUUCACUGCAAGCACGGCUUUCUAGAGAAUGGACAGACCUCUAUGCCUUCAAAAACUACUGUCAUCCAGCUCAACCGCAGGGUCUAUAGCAACACAGCGGCUGGCAACGCACCCUCCUCUGUUUGCCUCAACCAAAAUGAAUGCAGCAAUCCCGUCUCAGACUGAACCAUUCCACCCGAAAUCACAACUUGAUGUUCCAGGUCCAUACUGUCCCAUGAUGUCAUAAAGUCAUUUCCCAAAUGAUAAUAAAAAGAACUGUAGCAUUACGUGAUGACUAACUGUAGCCUAAAUUGAUACACGUCUUGCCAAUUAUUAAUCAGUAGUUGUAUGUGCGUGCGUGAUCCUAGUGGUUCCUGAAUGUGUGCAACCUUGUUGAUAUACUGUAAGUGCAUAGUGCAAAAAGUCACUGGUAGCUUGUGAAUAUGGAUAUUUCAGGAUCAUGUGCAGGUGCAUGACGUGAAUUAAAGACUGAAACCAUGUUUGAAUGAUACUGUAAGUGUGCAUAAAAAAAAAACUGUUUUAGACUUGUGCUCAAGAAUAGUAAAAUCCUGUUUUGUGUUUUCUUUCACCCUUGUUAUUAAUCUCCUUGGCUGCUGGGAAUGGAGGAUGGUAUCAUCAAGUGUAUCAUCAAUCACAUCACAAAGGUCUUGCUUCAAAGUAAUCUGAUGUCAAAGUGAUCCAGGACAGUACCUCCAAAAAUGGUUAAAGCUGUAAUGGGGCAUAAAGUGUAGUGCACAGUUGCAUAAAUAACCCCAUUCAAAACCACUGAAAGACCUAAAGAUGGAUACUUCCCACAGGCUCAUAUAAGUGAAUUAAAUACACAAGUAAACCAACUACCCCAAAUGCAAGUUGCAAGUCCUCAGUAUUUGUCAUUUUGCUUGUGUGUUUCUCUGAGAGAUCUUGACUUGUAAUUUGACCUUUUAUAUAAAAAAUGUUUACACAAAGAUGAUGCAAGUACAUAUGACGUUAUUUGGUGCAAUACAUAUAAAGUUAUGACGCAAGUGGUGCAGUAGGUGCCAAGUCUACUUAAGCGAUAACUUCCUACUGUAUAUAAACAGACAAGACAUUAUUCAAAAUUAAAUAAUUUUUCAACUUAUGUAUGGAAAGCAAAAAUAGCUACACAUUUAGAUAAAAUCUUACUUUAUAUAAACAGACUAAAUUUACCAAUUUUUACCAAUGCAGACCUUCUGUGAAAACAAGUUCAUUUUCAAAUAUUUAAGAAAAUACUUCAAUAUUUGGUUUAAUUGUAAAUAUAAUGUCAUACAUUUAUAUUACAUUUUUGUGUAAUAUUAAACCGUACCUGUCAAAAUAUUUAUCUGGGUAACUAUGUGCUAUUAGUAUUGGCCAGUUGUUAUCUGGGAAUAACAAACUUGCAAAUGUUGCGACUGUCCAAUCAGAAUCAAGCAUUCCAAUGAGACGUAUAAUAAAUGCAUUUGGAAGACAGUUGUGCUUUCAAGCUUGUGCAUUUGAUCAAUAUGUGUUCCCUGGAAAUCAAACCCUCCAUCUUUGUGCCGCAAAUAUCAAUACUUUACCACCUGAGCUACAAAAAGAAGUCACAUUCACUAUAAUAAGUCACAGACAGAACUACUAGAAAAGAAAUCAAAGAAAAUUUGAAUCUUUAAUGUGGAACAUGUGAGUCAACCACACACAGCAUGGCAAAUGUUUCCAAUAUUACUCUCCGAACAUGUGGUGCGGCAUAUUGCUUGACAAUUGAACAGAUGUUCAUGUAUU